AUGCCUUCCCCAGCAGCUGGAAAGGGUGACACCCCCCGCACCCCUACCAAGCUCGGACGAAAGCCACAAUCAUCUGCCCCCAAGCUGAACAAGCCCAAGUCGGAGGACGCCCCCACCCCCGAUGUGCCUGAGCAAGCUGAGGACGUGAAGAAGCAAGGAGAGGAGAAGGCUGAGGACACCAAGAACCAGGCACAAGACACCGCCGAGGACACCAAGCAAAAGGGCGAGGAGACUGCCCAAGAUGCCAAGGGCAAGGCGGAAGAGGCUGCUGAAGACACCACCGGCAAGGUUUCACAAGCUGGUGACGAACUAGAGCAGGCCGACCCCAAGCCCAUUGACGACGACAACGAUGCCGACGAGGAGGCUGAGGAGACUGGCGACGACGCCACACACAAGGCAGGAGACGACGCGGAAGACACCGCGGAAGACACUGCCGACAACACAGAGGACGAUGCGACAGAGACCACCGAGCAGGCCGCUAACACCGGCAAGCAAGCUGGUGGAGGCGCAUUGAGCGGUGCUCGCGGUCUCGCCGGCCGCGCAUCGAACCUCGCUGGCAAGGCCAAGCAGGACCCGCAAGGAGCUGCUCAGGAUGCUGGCAACGAUGUCCAGGAGGCUGCCCAAGACACAGCGGAGGAUGCGCAGGAAACUGCGGAGGACACCGCUGAGGGCGCCCAGGACACUGCCGAGUCGGCCAAGGACACUGCUGAGUCCAAGGUUGGCGACGCAAAGGACACUGCUGAAGACGCAGCGGAAGAUGCCCAAGACACCGCAGAGGACGCCACUGAAGAUGCCCAAGGCACUGCAGGAGACGCCACUGAGGACGCCCAGAGCAAGGCUCAGGAUGCUACCGACGACGCCAAGGACGCCGCCGAGGAUGCUACCCCCGACCUGAGCAUGCUCAAGGGCCUCGAAGUUGACGAGGAGGGCAUGAUCAAGAACAAGGAUGGCAGGAACGUCGGCCGCCUUGUAGAAGGUGAUGCUGAGGACCUCGCCGGUUACCCCAUCGGUGACAACGGCGAGAUCCUCGACGACGAUGGUGAUCUCGUCGGCCGCUGUGAACUUACACCAGAGAUGGUUGAGGAGCAGGCCAACGAGGCUGAGGAGGCCGGUGACAAGAUGCCCAACAUCAGCAUCUUGAAGGGUCUUACUGCCGACCGAUCCGGUCAAAUUCUUAACGAGGACGGUGACUUCGUUGGUCACCUUGUCGACGGCGACCCAUCCGCUAUCCAGGGCAAGGAAUUCAACGAGAACGGCGAGAUCCUCGACGAUGAUGGCAACGUCAUUGCCAAGGCAGAGCUUUCACCUGAAGCUGCCGACCUCCCUGCUUACCAGCAAGACGACGAGGAUGAGGACGAGGAAGAUGGUGAUGCCACCGAGGGUGUCACUGAUGCCGUUGACGGAGCCAAGUCCACUGCCGAAGACGCCAAGGACGGUGCUGAGGAGAAAGCUGCUGAUGUUGAGGAUGAACUUCCAGGCGUCGAGGCCCUCGAGGGCAUGGAGAUCAACUCCCAAGGAGAGAUCCUCAACGAUGAUGGCGAUGUCGUUGGCAACGUUGCUGAUGGCGACCUCGAGAACAUCGACGACGUCAAGGGCCUCACCGUCAACGACAAGGGCGAGGUUGUUGACAAGGACGGAAACGUUCUCGGCACGGUCGAACUCGCUGAGGGUGCUGCCGACAAGCUCAAGGAGUCUGCCUCCGGCGCUCUUGACACCAGAAUCUUGGACGGCCUCAAGGUCAACAAGAAGGGCAAGGUCCUUGAUUCUGAAGGCGAGGAGAUUGGUGAGCUCAAGGAAGGUGAGCUCAGCGACUGCGCUGGCAAGAAGGUCAACGACCAGGGCGAGGUCCUCGACAAGGAGGGCAAUGUCAUCGGCAAGGUCGACGUUGUUCCUGGCGAGGCCGCCUUCACUGCCAUCAAGGAGCUCAAGGAGCAGCUCGGCGAGCCCCUUGAAGGCGAGGAGGCUGAGGAGGAGCAGGGCGAAGAGGAGGGUGAGCCCGAGAUGAAGGAGAUCACCCCCGAGAUCGAUGAGCUUGAGGGCUUCAAGGUCAACAAGAAGGGCCAAGUUCUCGAUGAGGAAGGCGAGCCCAUUGGUGAGCUCACCGAAGGUGACCCUGCCAAGUGCGCCGGCAAGAAGAUCAACGACAAGGGCGAGGUCGUCGACAAGGACGGCAACGUGCUCGGCAAGGUCAAGGCUCUGCCCAAGAUGGUUGAGGCCUCCGAGCUGCCCGAAGAACCGGAGGUCAAGGAAGUUGAGGUCACCCCAGACAUCAACGAGCUUGAGGGCUUGAAGGUCAACAAGAAGGGCCAGGUUCUCGACGAGGAGGGCGAGCCUAUCGGUGAGCUUACCGAGGGCGAGGCUUCCGAGUGCGCUGGCAAGAAGAUCAACGACAAGGGUGAGGUUCUUGACAAGGACGGUAACGUCAUCGGAAAGGUCAAGGCCCUCCCCAAGAUGGUCGAGCAGAAGGUCGGCGAGGCUGAGGAUGCCGCUGAAGAUGCUCAAGACGCCGCCGAGGACGCUCAGGAUGCUGCUGAGGAUGCCGAAGACGCUGCUGAGGAGGCUCAAGAUGACGGCCGUCCUCCCCUCUCCAUCCUUGAUGGUCUCACCGUCAACAAGUCCGGCAAGCUCAUCGACUCCAACGGCAACGUCGUUGGUGAGCUUACCGAAGGUGACGCGAAGAAGCUUUCCAAGUCCGGUACCUCCUGCGACGCCGAGGGUCAGUUCUGGGACAACAAGGGCAACGUCAUUGGCCGCGCCCAGACCAUUCCUCAGGAAGAAGGCGAAGAGGAAGCUCCUUUCGCCGGUCUUGACGGCCUCGUCGUUGUCAAGGAUGGCUUCGUUGAGGAUGACAAGGGCAACCGCGUUGGUCAGGUCACCGAGGGCGACGCCAAGAAGCUCGUUGGCCGUUCCGUGGAUGAGGACGGUGAUAUCCUUGACAAGAAGGGAUCAGUUGUCGGCCACGCUGAACGCUACGAAGAGCCCGAGGAGGAGGCUCCUGAAGAGGAGCAGCCUGAGGACUUGUCUAUCCUUGCUGGCAAGACUGUCAACAAGCAAGGCAACGUCAUCGGAGACGAAGGCGUGCCUAUUGCACGCCUCGUCGAAGGCAACCCCAAGGAGCUUGCAGGCCGCAAGAUCAACGAAGAGGGUCUCAUCUUCAACGACACUGGCAAGCAGAUCGGUCGUUGCGAGCUCAUCCCCGAGAACGAGCGUGAGAGCAAGCCUGAAGGCAUCUUUGCUGGACUUGAGGGACUCCGCGUCAUUCAAGGCGGCAUGGUUGCUGAUGAGGAUGAGAACACUGUCGGCAGGAUUGUUGAGGGCAACCCCAAGCGUCUUGUUGGCAUGGCUGUAGACGAGGAUGGUGACAUUCUUGACAAGUACGGCAACGUCAAGGGCCACGCUGAGCCUCUCGAGGAAGAGGAGGAAGAGGAGCCCGCCGACCUUUCCAUUCUCGACGGUCUCACCUUGAACAAGCAGGGCUACCUCGUCAACGGCGAAGGCAUUCCCGUCGGUAAGCUCGUUGAGGGUAACCUUGGCGAACUUGCUGGACGCAAGUCCGACGGCGAUGGUCUCAUCCACGGUGACACCGGCAAGGUUGUCGGUCGCUGUGACAUCAUUCCUCCCAACGAGCGCCCCGAGCGCAAGGAGGGCCCAUUCGCUGGAUUCGAGGGACUUCGUGUUGUCAAGGACGGAUUUGUCGACGACAACGACGGCAACCGUGUCGGUCAGCUCACCGAAGGUGACCCCAAGAGGCUUGUGGGUCACACUGUCGAUGAAGACGGUGACAUCAUCGACAAGUACGGUAAUGUUAAGGGCCAUGCUGAGCCAUGGUCUGAGGAGGAAGAAGAGGAGGUCGACCUUUCUGCCCUUGCUGGCUGCACUGUUAACAAGGCUGGAAACAUCGUCGACUCCAGCGGCACUGUUCUCGGCCGCGUUGCUGAGGGUGACCCAGCUACCCUUGCCGGCAAGAAGGUUGACGGCAAGGGCCAGAUCUGGGACAACGAAGGCAACGUCAUCGGACGUGGUGAGCUUUCCCACGGUCAGAACCCAGGACCCGAGGGUCCCUUCGCUGGCUUCGAUGAGGCCACUGUGGUCAAGGACGGUACCGUCCAGACACCCGCUGGUGACAUCGUCGGUCGCGUCACUGAGGGCGAUGUCAAGAAGCUUGUCGGCCACAAGGUCGAUGAGGAUGGCGACAUCAACGACAAGAACGGCAACGUCAUCGGCAAGGCCGAGCGCUGGGAGCCCGAGGAGAAGGAGCGCCGCGUCAACCCCAUGGCUGGCAUGCGUGUCAACAAGGAGGGUGAGGUCCGCGACGAGAACGGUGAUGUUGUUGGCCGUCUCACUGCUGGUGAUCUUGGUCACUGCGCUGGUCUCGAGAUUGAUGACAACGGCUACGUUGUCGACAACGACGGCAACAAGGUCGGCGAGGUCACUCUUCUGGAGAACAUCCAAGAGGAACCAGAUGAGGAUGAGACCGACGAGGAGAGGCAGCGUCGCGAGGACUCUGAACUCGCCAAGAAGAUGUCUGCCAUCUGCGAAGACACUCUCCAGCGUGUCCAGCCUGUCAUGAAGCAGAUUACUGAGCACAUCGAGCAAGCCGACCGCACACCCCGCGACGAGCUCGACGAAGAGGAGCUUGUCAACAACGUCAAGCCCCUCAUCGAGGAAGGCUCACGCAUCCUCAACGACUGCAACGGCUCGCUCCGCGGUCUCGACCCAGACGGCCGCAUCGCCGCCCAAGCCAAGGGCCGCCAGCAAACCGGCGAAGCCUCACCCGAGGAGUACAAGCUCGCCGACAACCUCAAGGAGCUCACCACCUCCGUCGUCACCACCAUCGACAACGCGAAGAAGAAGAUCUCCGACAUGCCCCACGCCAAGAAGAAGCUCAACCCUCUUUGGUCCCUGCUCACUGAGCCCCUCUUCCAGAUCAUCGCUGCUGUUGGUCUGCUGUUGACGGGUGUACUCAACCUCGUUGGCAAGCUGCUCAACGGUCUUGGUCUCGGUGGUCUCGUCAACGGACUUCUGGGUGGCCUUGGUAUCAACAAGCUACUCGGCGGUCUUGGUCUCGGCGGCCUGGGCGACAUGCUCGGUGGCGGCGACAAGAAGGACAAGAAGAAGGGAGCUUCUGGUCCCAUGAGCAUGGUCGGUGGCCUCCUCGGCAAGAAAUAG